CUAGCGCCUGCCCGCCCCUUGCCCGCCCAAACUCCACCCCAGGGAAGGCGGCACGGAUAAAAACUCAGGGGCCGUCUGCCUGUCCACAGACCGGCAAGGCCACCUCUCACUGCAAUCUGUAUGCAGGUCAUCUGGAGCAGAGGUGACCCAGGACCUGCGGCUCCGGAUCUUGCGAGCAGAGGCUGCGGCUGUUGCUAACGCUAGGGACGCGCGGGGUAGCACGACCCGAGAGGAAUCCAGGCACCGUGCGAACCGGAAUAGCUCGCUCCCUUUCUGUAGGACCCUCCCUGCGCCGAGCCCAGGUCGCCAUCCUCCGCCCUUGAAGAAAUCGGAACACAGACCCCACCCUGGGGCGCAACCCAAGGAACCCACGCGACCCCGGAACACCACUCGGAUUCUUGCUUGCCGGCUCGAUUGCUAACAUUGGGACCUUCCCUAAGGGGCGCACGCACUGCUGUCCCUGAGCGCCCGCAGAGAGAAGGAAGACCUCGUUUCAGCGGGCGAGUCCCAGCGAGGAUAGGAGGCGACCCGCGGACCUCAGGCCUCUUGCGCACGCCGGGGAUGGAGCCGCAGCCCGGCGGCGCCCGGAGCUGCCGGCGCGGGGCCCCCGGCGGCGCCUGCGAGCUGAGUACGACUACAGAGUCGGCCGCACCCAUGACCCUGGCGAUCCACAGCACCACGGGGACACGCUACGACCUGUCGGUGCCCCACGACGAGACCGUGGAAGGGCUGCGCAAAAGGCUGUCCCAGCGCCUCAAAGUACCCAAGGAGCGCCUGGCUCUGCUUCACAAAGACACCCGGCUCAGUUCGGGGAAGCUGCAGGAAUUCGGCGUGGGGGAUGGGAGCAAGUUGACGCUCGUGCCCACGGUGGAAGCUGGUCUCAUGUCUCAGGCCUCGAGGCCAGAACAGUCCGUUAUGCAAGCUCUGGAAAGUUUGACCGAAACCCAGCCCCCAGCGACACCCGGGCCAGGCCGGGCUGCCGGAGGAGGCUUCCGGAAAUACAGAUUGAUUUUAUUUAAGCGUCCGUGGCACCGACAGGGACCCCAGAGCCCAGAGAGGGGCGGCGAGAGGCCCCAGGUCAGUGACUUUUUGUCUGGCCGCUCACCUUUGACCCUGGCCCUUCGAGUUGGGGAUCACAUGAUGUUUGUACAGUUGCAACUGGCCGCCCAGCAUACCCCACUCCAGCACCGCCAUGUGCUUACAGCAGCCGCUGCUGCCACCACCCGGGGAGACUCCAGUGUAACUGCCCCAGUGUCCUCACCCUGUAGGCCAGUGUCCAGUGCCGCUCGAGUCCCCCCAGUAUCCAGCAGCCCUUCACCUUUGUCCCCCUCACCUGUCACCGCUGGCUCCUUCCGAUCCCAUGCAGCCUCCACAACCUGUCCCGAGCAGCAGAUGGACUGUUCCCCGCCAGCUAGCAGCAAUGCCACCUCAACCCCAGGCAGCAACCCCACCCCUCGCUCCCGCAAACCCGGUGCCGUCAUUGAGAGCUUCGUGAAUCAUGCUCCUGGGGUCUUCUCAGGGACCUUCUCUGGCACACUGCACCCCAACUGCCAAGACAGUAGUGGGCGGCCGCGGCGGGACAUUGGCACCAUUCUUCAGAUACUCAAUGACCUCCUAAGUGCCACACGGCAUUACCAGGGCAUGCCACCCUCGCUGACCCAGCUCCGCUGCCAUGCCCAGUGCUCACCUGCCUCACCAGCCCCCGACCUCACCCCCAAAACUACCUCCUGUGAAAAGCUGGCAGCCACUACCCCCACCUCCCUGCUCCAGGGCCAGAGCCAGAUCCGAAUGUGCAAACCCCCUGGAGACCGUCUGCGACAGACAGAGAACCGCGCUACACGCUGCAAAGUGGAACGCCUCCAGCUCCUGCUGCAGCAGAAGCGCCUGAGAAGGAAGGCACGGCGGGACGCUCGGGGUCCCUACCACUGGACCCCUACCCGCAAAGCUGGCCGCAGUGACAGCAGCAGCAGUGGGGGUGGAGGUGGCCCUGGCGAGGCUGGAGGCUUGGGCCUCGACUUUGAGGACUCUGUCUGGAAGCCUGAAGUUAACCCGGAUAUUCAGUCCGAGUUUGUGAUGGCUUAAAGGAUCCAGCCCCCUUGGGUCUGUCACAUCCCCACCCCAACAUGGGGCAAGUGGGGCAUCACAGCCUGGACGAUGAGUAGCCCAGCUCUGGGGGGCAGGAGGUCACCUCCACUGCCACUCACCAGCCUUUCUGAUUCUUUUUUAGCUCUUCCCCCGAUUGUCUGCCCUGAGUCCCUGGUCACAUGCCUAUCUUUUUUCCUUCCUUACCAUGGUCGGCUCUGGGGGCCUCUGCCAGGGCCCUUCCUUCCCACCUUCUCCAGCUCCAAAUAUGUAGCAGUCUGUUCCCAGAUGGCCCAGACGGAGGAAGCCACCCACCCCCAGCCCUUCCGUUCUGCCUGGCUCUCCCCCCACCCCUCUUCCAUAACCCGAUUCAGGUUUUUGACUCAAAAUGUAGAUUUCUCCAAGAAGCACUUUACAGAUGAGGGUUGGGGACCCUGGGAUGAGUGUCCACCCCCACCUCUGUCUGCAGACUUGGCCUCCAUUCCAGGCCAGCUGGAUCCCCAACCCCUCCCACCCUGAGAAACUAAUAGAAUAGUCUCACAGGGAAAACCUUUGUCCACAAUUCCCAUUCAACUCACCCUUCCUCCUGCCUCAGUCUCAGCGUUACACCAGGCCUUUGCCACUGUGCCUGGCUGGCCCUGCUCUUGCCAUGACAAGCUAGUAGGAUGGAGAACGAUAAGGCAGGUGAUUGGUCAGCUGGGGGUGCCCGUCUUCCUCACAGGAAAGGACAGGCUUUAGGCCACCUCUAUAGAUCACCAACUCCACUGUCCCCUCCCUCCACAUACCCCCUACUUCCCUAACCUUUCUUCCCAGUGGAGCUUGAGAGACUAUUUAUAGAUUUCGUUUUUUCUGACUGAGCCAGUAGUGGUUGCUGUUCUCUAGGGGG